AACGUCGGGAAUUCACACAGUAGAAGAGAGAGUUUGAAGCUAGCAAUCAACUCUCAACGAACACCUAUCUAUCUAUCCAUCUAUAUAUAUAUAUAUAUAUAUAUACUCCUAACUAAAUGAAAGAAAAGCCAACAGCUCCAGACAAAACCGUACAUACCACCCUCACCAACUCUUCAUCCAAUACUCAUUCCCUUGCGAUCCGCCACCACCACUCUCUCUUUGACAUUGUUUCUUAAUGAGAUUGAGAAGACUACUAGCAUGCCUUACAAAAACCCAUUCCCUUUCUUCCAACACCAUCUCCAUGUCCAGCCCCCAAAAAAUCGUGGUCGUCAUGGGCCCCACCGGCUGCGGCAAGACCAAGCUCUCCAUCGACCUCCUCUCCCGCUUCUUCCCCUCCUCCGAAAUCAUCAACUCCGACAAAAUCCAAGCCUACCGCGGCCUCGACAUCACCACCAACAAAAUCCCCCUCUCCGACCGCAGAAACAUCCGCCACCACCUCCUCGGCCACUUCACCCCCUCCGAUUCCCACCCCGAAUUCACCCCCUCCGACUUCCGCUCCGCCGCCUCCGCCGCCAUCUCCGACAUCCUCUCCCGCCGCCGCAUCCCCUUCCUCGUCGGCGGCUCCAAUUCCCUAAUCUACGCAUUGAUCUCUAACAAAUUCGACCCGGACACCGACGUCUUCUCCUCCUCCUCCUCCUCCGCCUUCUGCCGGGAGCAGCGCUACCAUUGCUGCUUCCUCCACGUCGACGUCGCGCUGCCGGUGCUCAACGCCUACCUCGACAAGCGCGUCGACAACAUGCUCGGCUCCGGCAUGUUCGAUGAGCUCAAGGCGUAUUUCAGCAGCGGCGAGUCGGACUCAAUGAGUCGGAGCGGGCAGAAGAAGGCAAUAGGGGUCCCGGAAUUCGAGGGGUAUUUUCGUCGUUUCAAUGAGGAGGAGGAUGACGUGGAGGCGUACGAGGGGGCGGUGGGGGCCAUCAAGGACAACACGUGUCAGCUGGCGAAAAGGCAGGUCGCCAAGAUCCAACGGCUGAGGGAGUGCGCCGGGUGGGAUCUGAAAAAGGUGGAGACCACGGCGGCGCUGACGGCCGCGCUGGAGGGGGCCAGUGGGAGGAGGGUGGCGGAGAUUUGGGAGAGGCAGGUGUUGGAACCAAGCGUGAAGAUUGUGAAGCAGUUCUUGAUGGAGUAGGUUUUCCAGCUAUUUCCAGCUCCUGUUUUUCCUCUAAAUUGGAAAGUCCCCCUUUCUCUCUCUUGUUUGUUAAGAGUUUUUUUUUUUGAAGUUUUCUUGUGGUAUAAGUUUUGGAAUUGAGGGAGGAGGGGGCGACCAAUUUCGGGGAUGAGGCUGCUCUAAUAGCAUCUCCAUCUGUGUUAUUACCAAAGAUUACGGACGUGGAUUCAGACCCACUUUUAUUACUUUUUUACUCCAUACUUUUAGGCAAGAGCACAAAAUCCAUAUCCAUGCUCUUUCGUAAGGAUAUGUUCAAGAGUCUCACCAU